UCCUGUCUUCCUUGCCACUCCUGUUAUUUCAACUUUAAAACUUGAAAAUGCGUCAAGUCGUCCCACUGAACAUUUUCAGCCCGGCUUUGGUCUUGAUCGCCUUCAUCGUUCUAACCAGCAAUCAGCCUAGUGUUUUCGGAGCUUCGAUUGAUCAGCGAGACGGAUGCUUCUGCACGGCACAGUAUGAUCCAGUGUGCGGUACGGACGGGAAUACUUACAGUAAUGCGUGUGCCCUCCAUUGCCAAACAAAACAAAAUACUGCCGUUGACCUUGGCAUAGCUUAUGACGGUGAAUGCAAACAGGCGAAGGAAAGAGGAAGAAGAGGAGCUGCUGAAUGCGGGUGUACAUUUUUGCACGCCCCUGUUUGCGGAACGGACGGGAAAACCUACGACAAUGAGAACUGCAUGGAAGUUGAAAUUACCAAAUGCGGGACUGUUCUCGAUUCAACGAUUAAGAAGGCCUACGAUGGAGAAUGCAAGCAAGUGAACAAGCCGUCAGAAAAAAUAUGUGCUUGUGCCCAGAAUUAUGCCCCAGUUUGCGGGACUGAUGGCAAUACUUACUCUAACAUGGCUUGUUUCCAAAACGAAAUCACUAAAUGUGGAACGAUCAAGUCGUCUGUAACUGUUGCUCGCAACGGCGCAUGCUAAUAAAUGGGGGCAACCAGCGAGCACCAGCUAACAAGUGAUUUACUGUGACCCAUAUUUUAAAAAAUAAUUGACAAAAUGCAAUGUGAGAAAAAUAUUUUCAAGUAUAUUUCCAUAGUCUAAAUAAAGGAAUGUAUUGACUCCCUA